CGAGACACAGUAACCAGUUGUCGACACACACAUCUAGAAGUCAGUAUGGUGCGGCUCACAGUGCUAAUAUCAUUUUCGUUCCUGGUCGCCUGCGUCUCCGCAAAUUCACUCAAGUUACCAGAUAAUGAAGAAUUAUACAAGGACCGCGACAAUGCAUAUGAAACAAGUUUGAAAUUGAAAAGGCAAACAUACAAUUUUGGUACAGGAGGACCCAGCUAUGGGAGUGGACACGGUGGACAUGGUGGACACGUAGGAAAUAACUACUACGGAAAUGUCAGCAAUAACGGAAGUUCAUCCUCUGUAUAUAAUAUCAACGGUGGUGCUGGUAAUGGAGGUAACAGUUAUGGAGGCGGUCCAGCUGGAGGUGGUGGCUUCAAAAUAGCAUAUUAUGAUGACGAUAAUAUAAAUAAAAAAAGAUUGGGAAGGCAAACAUAUAAUUUUGGUACCGGAGGAAGCAGUAGUGGGAGUGGACACGGUGGAAGUGGUGGACAAGUUGGAGAUAACUACUACGGAAACGCCGGAAAAACCACAAAUUCAAACAACCAAAACGGUUACGGCAUCUCUUUGCUAGGAGGUGUCGCUAAAGGAGUUAGUAAUGAUGCUUAUUAUUCCCAGCCGCCAGCCUAUCCGUACCCUUCCCAGCCGCCAGCCUAUCCGUACCCUGACUUAAAUGCGUAUGGUUACCUAAAUCCCCUAUUUCUGCAAUAGUGAAAAUGGUAUGCUGAUGUUAAAUGUUAUGUUAUCUUCUUCGAUCAUCAGUUGUUAUUGUUGAUCGAAGG